AUGGACGAGUCUGAAUCGGCAACGAAGGGGCUCGGGUUGGACGAAACGUCGGAAAGCACGACUGCUGGGCCAGCAGAGGAGGGGGAGGACUCGGACACCGAAUCGGAGGCCGAAGUUACAACGAUUACUGUAAUGGGAGAAGCGGGGAACAUCGACAUAGCCGAGUCCUUGCCGAACCCAGACGAUGCAGAGACGGCGUUUGCAGAGGUCACAACAGUCACAGUUGGUGAUGUCCAGGCCACGGAAGAUAACGUGUUCACUACUUCAGUUGCCACGGCAGCCUCAAUCCCUGAACAUGUGCUUACUGGUAGAACCACUUUGCAGAUUGGGGACAGUCUCAAUACCCAGAAGGCCACACUGAUUGUGGUCCACACAGAUGGCAGCAUAAUGGAUGCCUCUGGACUGAAAGGAAAUGCUCCACCAAUGACUCCGGGCCCUCAGACGCCAUCCACUCCUAUAACCCCAGGCCAUGAGAAGGAUGUGUCCAAGUACAACUGGGACCCAUCGGUUUAUGAUAAUGAAUUGCCAGUGCGCUGCAGGAAUACCAGCGGCAUUCUGUACAAAAACCGCCUAGGUUCAGGGGGUAAAGGUCGCUGUAUCAAACACAACAACACAUGGUACACCCCCACUGAGUUUGAGGCCAUGGCUGGCAGAGCCAGCAGUAAGGACUGGAAGAGAAGCAUCCGCUACGCUGGCCGGCCACUGCAGUGCCUCAUACAGGAGCGUAUUCUGAACCCUCAUGCUGCCUCCUGCACAUGUGCUGCCUGCUGUGACGACCUGUUUAUGUGCACCAAAGAUGGGUCGUCUUUUGGAGCAGAGAACAUGAAUAUGACCGGACCAGUCAGGCUAUUCGUCCCUUACAAGAGACGAAAGAAGGAGAGCGAACGUCCAACUACGCCCGAGAAAAAAGAAGUUCCACCAGCCAAAAACAUCACCCUGGCACCGGGGGCAACCUUCACAGUGUCCCCAACGGGUCAGAUCACCACGUCGGGGACGUUGACCUUCGACAGGACGUCCACAGGGGACGCAACAGCCAUCAUCUCAGACAGUUCCACGCCAGGAGACGUCUUUGCCAGCACAGCAGUUCUGACCACCCUGCCGGCAUUGGCUGUGGCCCCACAGCCAGUGCAAGCGAAGGUUCCCGGGUCAGGGCUGCUCAACGGACUAGAGGCAACAGAGCCAAGGACCUUGCUCUACAUGGAGGAACUAGCCAACACGCUACUCAACACUGUGCACCAGCUCAAAGCCCUUAUUGAUCAAGCCAAGCAAGCCAGCCAAGAUUCAGUCGGCAGCUCAGACAAGAGCCAGGGGGCUAACCGCAAGGACACCAGUCAGCAGUCUUUCCAGAGCCAGCUAUCGCUUGCCGAUGAUCCCGAAGGCAAAACCACAGAGAUCAUCAUGAAGCAAAUGUGCAUAAACUGUGGACGCGAGGCCGUAAGUGAAUGCACUGGCUGUCACAAAGUCAACUACUGCUCUACCUUCUGUCAGAAAAAGGACUGGAAAGAGCAUCAGCACAGUUGUAGCCAACCCAGUGCAGCCAUUGGAGUGGGUGUGCAAGAAGAAGCAUCACUACCCAGCAUGGAGGUGGACAAAGUUAAAGCAUAG